ACUUGUUUGUCAAUUAUUUUCUUGACUGAUCUGUUAUUUGUAUAUUUUAUAAAAUUCCAGAAAAUAGAGAAAAUGCUCAUUACAAUUUAUCUGAGCCCAAAAUUAUCAAAGUGUCUUGUUUUGUAGGAUCAAGAGACUUUUGGGCUUUGUUGACCAAGUCACUCCUGAGAAGCUGGAACCAGAGAAUAUUUGGCAUUUUCACUCGAAAAAUUACUCAAACAAUUCAUUUUUAAAAAGCUGAUUUAUUCUCUAUGAACCGAGUAAUAGUUUCAGCACUUAAGGAUUUGUCUCGUCUAGUAGGUCUGGAUCUACCAUGGAGCUGAUAAUGAAUCGCAUUUGGCCGAGAGUCUUCCAGCAGCUCUACAGAACCUCAGUACUUCCCAGGAGGAACCAUUCAGGAUGUGCUGAGCAUAUCAAACCCACACUCCUGAUGUCCCGCCUCUACCAGCCCUCAAACCUUCGUGAUGCGGGGCAGGACAGCCGGCUGCAAGGAGAGGUGACUUGUAAGAGUCAACGGCUGAUGCAGCAGGCCGGCCUCAUCUAUCCGUCCAAUCCUGGUUGUUACUACUACCUUCCUGCCCUCGUCCGCUCCAUGGAGAAGCUGGUGAGAGUAAUUGACCAAGAGAUGCACGGGAUCGGUGGGCAGAAGCUGGACAUGCCCAGUUUGUGCUCUGCUGAUCUCUGGAAGACCAGUGAGCGCUGGGACUUGAUGGGAAAGGAACUGUUCCGUCUGAAAGACCGCCACGGAGCCGACUACUGCUUGGGUCCUACGCAUGAGGAGGCAGUGACGACUCUGGUCGCUCACCAGACGACUCUCUCCUACAGACAGAUCCCUCUGCUUCUCUAUCAGAUCACACGCAAAUUCCGAGAUGAACCAAAGCCGAAAUAUGGUCUGCUUCGAGGGAGGGAGUUCUACAUGAAGGACAUGUACUCGUUUGAUGCGAGUGAAGAAGCGGCUUACCAGACCUAUGAAUCUGUGUGCCAGGCAUACACCGGGCUCUUUGCCCGGCUGGGUCUGCGGUGCAUUCAGGUGCAGGCGGACACAGGCAACAUCGGCGGUAAACUCUCCCAUGAGUUCCAGCUGCCAGCAGACAUAGGUGAGGAUCGGCUUCUGGUCUGUGGGAACUGCUCCUUCUCUGCUAACGUAGAGACCAUGUCAUCAGACAGAACUGACUGCCCACAGUGCAAGACUGGCACACUGGUGGAGUCGAAGGGUAUCGAGGUCGGCCACACCUUUUACCUGGGUAAAAAGUACUCUCAUAUAUUCAAUGCCACCUUCAGCAAUGCACAGAACAAGUCUAGUAUUGCAGAGAUGGGCUGCUAUGGUCUUGGGGUAACCCGUAUUCUCGCCGCAGCCAUUGAGGUUUUGUCAACAGAAGAGGGGAUUCGCUGGCCCGGCCUUCUCGCUCCUUACCAGGUGUGUGUUUUACCCCCAAAGAAGGGCAGUAAGGUGGAUGACGCAGCAGUUUUAGCUGAGGAAUUGGUUCACACUUUGGGAGAGACCGGUCCUCAUUUGAGAGGUGAAGUUGUUCUUGACGACCGUACACAGAUGACCAUUGGAAAGAGGCUGAAGGAUGCCAACAGACUGGGCUACCCGUAUGUUGUUGUAGUAGGACAGGGAGCGCUGGAGGAAACACCCAGGCUUGAGGUAAUUUGUCAGGAGACGGGUGAGACAAUGUUUCUCAGUAAAGAUGGACUGUUAGAUCUUUUGGGAAGAGUGAAAACUGUGUGAAUAACAACUCUGAAUGUGGAAAUACAUGUUUUAUUUUAUGUUUCUGUGUAUGAUGCAAUUAGUGAGGUGGUGGGGGAGGAACAGAAAAGCCUUAUAUGUUUUUGUCUAAGAGGAGUUUAUUUAUAAAAACUUAAAAUGUCCCUGCUGAUUGACAGUGCUGAUAAAAUAACUGUCACAAUAAUAGCUUGAUAAUGAACAUUUGGGAUAUUAAAUUGCAUUUGGUUCAUGUUGUAAUACACAAGAAUGAUUCAAUUUCCUUUUUUGCAGUCUUUUAUGUUUCCAUGUAAAUAAAAACAUAAGAGGUGUGGAGAAAUAA